UCGAAUCUUUGUUGGCAAGAGUCCCCUUCAGGUUUUGCUGCAGAGAUCGGCAGUAAGGACGUUCUCAGACUACCGAAAAGAUGAGCGCUAGCGUCGAAGAAGAAGUUCAGCGUUCUCUUGACGAAUUAGAAGAGCAAUCCGAGCAAGCAGCUGGAGUUACGGUGGAAGGAACGACGGCGAGUGCAGAUAAAAGUGAUGUUGUCGAUGGUGAAGAUAAAGAGACAGACGAACCACCUAAAAAAAGGUCGAAAAAAAGCCCUGCAAAGAAAGUGUUGACCGCAGAACCUACGAGUGCUGGCAACGAUAAAUAUCCCUUUGCCCGUUCGCGUGGAAUACGGAUAUUCAGUGAUCGAGAGAUUGAAUCACAGGACGCAGAGAUGACCAAAGAGUACUGGCGUUUCUGGAAUGACACAGCUGAAGAAUUGUGUAGCGACAGAGCUUACAACGACUGGGGCAAGCGCGAUCUUAAGCUUUACAUCGAUGCUGCCUGGAUCAUUCAUAAGACAUACUUACAGGAAUUACGCGAACGAGAGCUGGCAGGGAUGUUGAAAGAGCUCCAGGAGAAACACGGAUAUGUGGAGUUGCCGCCGAAACUGAAAACCCAGGAUCAAGCUGUUACAAAUGCUCUCUCAAAGCUGCAAGAUUCUACAGCAAACCUUAAUGAGCUGAACUUGGAAUUGUCCCGCACCAGAGGCAAAGCUAUGAAUCUCAAACAACGGGCAGUGGACGAUUCAUUCCCAGCCAAACAGAAAGAAGACGAAACAAGAGUAAUGAGUAAACAAAUCAGUGAGCUUGAGAAAAAUCUCUAUGAAGGAAUGUCUGAAGUAAAGAAUGAUCAAGAUUCCAUGAAGAAAGCUCUUAACAGACAGAAAACAUUGCUUUUCAAAGCACGCCAGGAUCAUCCUGUACUCGGAGACAGUUAAGAAAUGAAUGAGGUCAUUUACAGACAAUGCAAACAAAAAACUCUUAAGUUUUUAUUCAUAGACAAAAGUAUUGCCAUGUUGCUUAUUACCAGUAACCAUUUUCUAUAAUCUUGAACCUUAUUUUUAGAGCAAGGAUUUUGUCUUGUUUUAAGAAGACUUCAUAUAUAAGUUAUUGAUGUACAUGUUGACUCUUGAAAAAAUAUAGCCAAUUGAUGGAUGAGUGUCAUUC